UAAUUUUAUUGAUCGUUGAUGGACAGUCACCUCAUGUGCACAUGUGGGCAGCACAAGCUCUGCAUGUCCCAUUUUAAGUCUUUCUUCUGUUGAUAACAUUCGUUAAUACUGACAACGAUUCUUUGUCUGGUUAGCUCUUCUUUAAGGCUUGGCACCGCAUCUGUCUAUCUAUGCCUUUUAACUGGGGUGCAGGUCGUCAUAAACACCAAACCAGCCAUCAUUUGCAGGAUGCGUCAAACGUAGUCCGCGAUGAACGUGUUCCAGGUUUCUUUCAGUCUCCUACUUCUGCUGCUUAUCAACACCAUGCCAAUCCUGACCCAUAUGCCAUUGUAUCUCCAGCAUCUCUCACUCCUGACUUCGAUCAAUCUCCGUCUUCAUAUUAUCACCGUGACAGCCCUCCCAGGUUUUCGAGACCUUUGUCAAUGACCAUCUUAAAUGACCCUGCAUUCUCCUCCGAUCCUCGUGUUCAUCCGCAUUUCCCACUCAUUAGUCCUACAUUCUACAAGGAACUCCCAUCUAAAUCUCCUCUUGUCAACAAUCCCUCCCAGACCACUCCCAGUGACGUCUCCCCUCAUCAGGAAGUGCUCUGUCCUGUAAAGGAUCCAGACCUUGUUUCACACUCGCCUGGUUCGGAAGAAGCUCACAUGUCGCCGACUGCCUCUCCUUCAGUAUCUUUAGAUUCUGACUCCCACACCGGUCUCUCUGCUUUCACGUCGCCUACUGUACCAUCUGCUACAUCUCAUUCCCACUCGCUGAAUGAUCCCACGUUACCUCGUAUUGUUGUGCCUUCGCAGCUUUCGUCUUCGUCAGGUCAUGACCCAGGGUCUUCGCCAGCCAUGUCCCCUACUUCUAAUCGUCCUACCCCAACACGUAUUGUUACAGCUCCAGAGCAGCGAGAAAAAGUGGUGAAACCUACCCCAAUGCGCUCUGACUCGACUCCAGUUCAUGCAGAUGGUAGCAACAGGCCUACGGGAAAACAUCGUAUGAAGAAUUUCAUCCGACGCUUCACAAUCUCCCGCGCCCUCGAUCGAAUCGACGAAAUGGAUGAGACCGAUCCUUUUGGAGCAGGAUGGCAACAUGCCGGUCCUUACGAUGCUAUUGGUAGCAAUCUCGCGCAACUCGGGCCAGCUCACAUGUAUAAUGACAUUGAUGUCCUGCGAGGCGAUUUCCAUACUAAAUCUAAGCGUGAGAAUGCCCAUCGUCAGGUGCGGACCCAGAAACUCCCCAGAUUGCCUCCGAUUGGUCCAGGAGUCAGUCGACCGUCUCUACAUUUCGUCCCUGGGCAAAUUAUUCCAUCUGGUGCUACAUCGCCGCCUAUGCAUACCACUCAGGCCAAAACCGUAAUUGCGAACCCAGAUCUUCGUAAUCUAAAUUCGAACCAGUUAGAACCCAGUCACGCCAGAGACCACUCUCCUCUUUACCACCAUCCGCCCGAAGCGCCGCCUUCUCAUUCAUCGUCACGUGCACCCGCCAGCAAGUCUGCUUCUCGGAUCCAUCGCUUUGGUGACGAUAUACCUCACAUACCACAACGGCCAGCUCAUGAUGAGCUCGCGCCUUAUCCCCUCUAUCAAAUACAUUCUGCCCCCGGUUUACCGCCGGGUCAUAAUGAACGAUAUCUUGAAACUCGGUCACAAGCUCGCGGAGAUGCAAAUCAGGCAACGCCUUUUUCAUCACCGCUCAUUGUUGAACCACCUGAUGGUCAAGCGAUCGACCCGGCGAACUCCCUUUCUCGUCAUCAUAGAACUCACUCAUUGGACAGCUCGCUCACGCGCACCACCACACCUACGCAAUCUAUAUCUCGCACUCAAAAUGGCUUACAGCCACCGCGCAAUCAUCACCUUCCAAAACGCCUCGUCAUGCCUGCUCUGCUUCAGUCCGCGCAAGCACUACCUCAACAACAACCCCUGGAUAUAUAUCCCCGAACUGACCCUUACGAUCUCCACCCCGAGCCUGACCCCUUCCCACUAACCAAAGACCACAGUCACGAAUCGGCAGCAAUGUAUCACCAAGGCCGAAACCUACUCCGGAAGAAAGCAGCCGUCUUCCCUGGAAAUCUGCCUUUGCCAACGCAUGUGCCUGGAGCGCAUGCUCACUCAAACCCUCCACUGGCAAAACAUCUGUCCUUGUCAGCAACCGAUACUGGGAAGGUCAAGGAAGUAGUUCAUCGGCGAAGGCUGAGUAAACGGAAACAUGAUAUCUGAUUCAUGUUGUAACCCUUUUUCUGGACUUUGACAGGUUCUGAUAUGGAGAUGGAGGACGAUCCGACCACUUAUCGAGGUGCCUUGGCUAUGGACCUUGGUACACCAAUCGCAUUAACUGAUAACCCACGCAGUAUUCCUAGAUGUUCUUGAUUCUUCUGUAUGUGUUUUUAGCACGACUGUGGAAUUGAUGCACUUUUCUUC